AUGACACACAGUGGCAUAAGUGCUGGCGGAUUCCAUAUGCCAUCCAUUUGCAACUUUGGUGAAUCAGUUCUCACGCCACCUAAGAACCAUCUUGUCCUCUACAUAGGCAAAUGUCUCUCCGAAUUUCAAGUUCCUGGCGAGAGAUUUGUAGAGUACGAUGGAAAUAUUAACACGGCUACUAUUGAGUCUUCCCCCGGUGGAGAUUUCAACGCCAGCAGCCGUGCUUGGUAUUUCACCACGGAAUACGAAACAGCAGAUAUAUAUCGUCGCUACGCCGCAACUUGA